CGCCUACCCAGGUGCGCGCCGGCGGUGGCACAGAGCGGGCGGCGGGGACCGGAGCCGUUCCCCCCUUUCCCAGAGGAGGACGGGAUCCAUCCCUCGGUCCGUCCGUCCUUCCCUCCCUCCUUCCCUCCCUCCCGCGGCUCGGCGCGGUGGAAACCCGGCAGCAGCAGCGGAUGUGCCGCCCCCCGCGCAGCCGCCGCCGCUGCGGGCAGCACCGGCGGUGCGCCGGCUGAGACCCCCGACCGCCGGAACAUCUCCAGGCACUGAUUUGCAGAAGAUUCUGGAACACAGGGGGUCAGCUGAGAGUCUUCAGAUCAUUUCUUGUCCUCUCUAAACUCAGAAAAUCAUCUUUCACCUUCUGGAUGUCCAAGCCUUUCACCUUAAACUUUAAGCUUUACGUUUUCUGCCUGAUAACAAAUUACCCUCUCAAUCUGUUGUUAUUUUAAGGGGCCGGGGAGCUGAACUCACUAGCUGGCCGGCAUGGCGAAGGUUAGAGUUGUUUUAACUGUUUGCCAUUUGGUGCUAGAAUUGUUAAUGAAUUCAUUAACGGAGUCUUCCAUACAGAGUAACGAAUGUCCACAGCUUUGUGUAUGCGAAAUCAGGCCAUGGUUUACGCCACAGUCAACAUACAGGGAAGCCACAACAGUUGACUGCAAUGACCUUCGAUUAACAAAAAUCCCCAGCAAUCUUUCCAGUGACACUCAAGUCCUUCUGUUACAAAGCAACAACAUUGCAAAGACCACAGAUGAACUCCAACAGCUGUUUAAUUUAACAGAAUUGGAUUUUUCACAAAACAACUUCACAAGUAUCAAAGACGUGGGCCUCUCAAAUCUCACUCAACUUACUACUUUGCACCUGGAGGAAAACCAGAUAACAGAGAUGACUGACUACUGCUUGCAAGACCUUUGCAAUCUUCAGGAGCUAUAUAUAAAUCACAACCAGAUCAGCAGCAUUUCUGCAAAUGCAUUCUCUGGCCUGAAGAAUCUUUUGAGAUUACAUCUCAACUCCAACAAAUUAAAGGUUAUUGACAGCCGUUGGUUUGAUUCCACUCCUAACUUAGAGAUUCUCAUGAUUGGAGAAAAUCCAGUGAUUGGAAUACUAGAUAUGAAUUUCAAGCCACUCUCAAAUUUAAGGAGUCUAGUUUUGGCAGGUAUGUAUCUCACGGACAUUCCUGGCAAUGCCCUGGUAGGCUUGGACAGCCUUGAAAGUCUUUCCUUCUAUGACAACAAAUUGGUAAAAGUUCCUCAGCUUGCACUUGAGAAAGUUCCAAAUCUAAAAUUCCUGGAUCUCAACAAAAAUCCGAUUCAUAAAAUUCAAGAAGGUGAUUUUAAAAACAUGCUCAGAUUGAAAGAGCUUGGGAUCAAUAAUAUGGGAGAACUCGUCUCUGUUGAUAGGUAUGCGCUGGACAACCUGCCUGAACUUACAAAGCUUGAAGCCACCAACAAUCCAAAGCUGUCUUACAUACACCGUUUGGCAUUUCGCAACGUUCCUGCCCUGGAGAGCUUGAUGCUGAACAACAAUGCCUUGAAUGCAGUCUACCAAAAGACGGUGGAAUCCCUUCCAAACCUGCGGGAGAUCAGUAUCCACAGUAACCCGCUCAGGUGCGACUGCGUCAUUCACUGGAUCAACUCAAACAAAACCAACAUCCGUUUCAUGGAACCUCUGUCCAUGUUCUGCGCUAUGCCUCCAGAAUACAGAGGGCAGCAGGUGAAGGAGGUGUUGAUACAGGAUUCAAACGAACAAUGUCUUCCAAUGAUCUCUCAUGAGACCUUUCCAAAUCACUUGAACUUGGACAUCGGCAUGACAGUGUUUUUAGAUUGUCGGGCCAUGGCAGAACCUGAGCCAGAAAUUUACUGGGUCACUCCUCUGGGCAAUAAAGUAACUGUAGAAAGUCUCUCUGACAAGUACAAGCUGAGUAGCGAAGGCACCUUGGAAAUCUCUAACAUCCAGGUUGAAGACUCCGGGAGGUACACCUGCGUUGCUCAGAACAUAGAAGGGGCUGACACGAGGGUUGCUACCAUCCGGGUGAACGGAACGCUUUUGGAUGGUACCCAGGUUCUGAAAAUCUACGUUAAGCAAGCCGAAUCGCAUUCAAUCUUAGUUUCUUGGAAAGUUAAUUCCAACGUCAUGACUUCCAAUUUAAAAUGGUCAUCGGCCACUAUGAAGAUCGACAACCCCCACAUUACGUACACUGCUCGGGUCCCGGUUGACGUACAUGAAUAUAACCUCACGCAUUUACAACCGUCUACAGAUUAUGAAGUGUGUCUAACGGUGUCAAAUAUCCAUCAGCAAACACAGAAGUCCUGUGUUAAUGUUACAACAAAAAAUGCCGCUUUUGCGCUAGAUAUUUCAGACCAAGAAACCAGCACUGCCCUCGCAGCAGUAAUGGGAUCCAUGUUUGCUGUCAUUAGCCUCGCCUCCAUUUCUGUUUAUAUUGCAAAAAGAUUUAAGAGAAAAAACUACCACCACUCAUUGAAAAAAUAUAUGCAAAAGACCUCGUCGAUCCCACUGAAUGAGCUCUACCCUCCACUUAUUAAUCUCUGGGAAGGUGACAGUGAAAAAGACAAGGACGGUUCUGCGGAGACCAAGCCAACCCAAGUCGACACAUCCAGAAGCUAUUACAUGUGGUAACUCAGAGGAUAUUUUGCUUCUGGUAGUAAGGAGCACAAAGACUUUUUUGCUUUAUUCUGCAAAAAUGAGAAGUUGAAGACUUUUGUAUUUUUGACUUUGCUAGUUUGUGGCAGAGCGGUGAGGACAGGUGGAUAUUUCAGAAUUUUUUAGUAUAGCGUAUCGCAAUUGUUUGACACAAAUGGCAGCUUCACCUAGCUUCCAAUACCUUCUUUUUUUAUUUCCUUCUUUUUUUUUAGUUAUUGUGCUAAACUUAAUGCUGUUCUAACUACAGUGCUGAAAACAAUUAAUGAGAGGCUGGGGUUAGCCUGUGAUUCAACAGUAGCACGACCCCGUUCUUCUGAAGCCAUCCGUAGAGUACAGUAUCUCGCAAAGCUAACAUACAGUUUUGAAACUGCAUUGAACUAGGUUUGUAACGCUGGUCUAAGGACUCGUACACUGAGAAAAGGAGACCUUGAAUGACGGUAGUUGACUGUACUGUAAUGUUGUAUCAACUGAUUUGAAUGUUUUUGACUUGGAACAAUGAGUUUUCUUUUUUCUUUUUAUUUUUGUAGUAGUUGAGAAGGCUUAGGUAAAGCUAACAGGCAAUAGAAAUAUGUACAUCCAAUUUUUUAAUGUAACAGACUAAAUGUUAAUUGUUCUCUUAUUCUUAUAUUCUUAUAUUUAGUAGACACUUUUGAAGAAUACUAGAGUUUUGUUGUGUUUAAAUCACCAACACGUGGUGAUUUAGUUUUGUUCUGAUUUUUUAUUUUAGAAGUCACAAUAAUGUAUUGGGUUUAGAUGUCACUAGUUUGACUGGUGAUCAUGUUUUGACAUAAAAUAUAUCCAAAAUGUUAUAUAAAAAUGCUGUGUUUUUUUUCCUCGAUGGAAUUAUGUUUCAACAAAGUUCCAAUUUUUUUCAGUGCAUUUAUUUUAAUAGUGUUUCCUCUGCACUAGAUGCAAAAUAUUGAAAAUAAUUUAAUCAGAAAAAUGUAUGGGUACGGCUUUUGGACUGUGAGUCACAUGCAGAAUCAAAACUGUUUGGCAUAAGGUACACAGCAAAAACAAUUCACCGAGUGUGUAACAGAACAUCUUCCUUUUUCUAUACUUUUCUGUUUAUAUGUUGAGCUAAGAUACAAAUGAAGCUGACAUUUAGCUGUCAUUGUGAUCAGUUAGGACAAAAAAAAAGGCAACUCAGUGCUACCAAACUGAAAUGAAACAGUUGAAUCCUGGCAUAUACUUAAAAAAAAAAAAGAAGGUGAAUUGGAUGAAUGUUCCUUCAAAAGCAGAAAUUAAGAUAGCUAAAACUAACAAGACAGUAAUACGUUCGGGUCCAGUACUGAACUGUAUUUUUUACAGGCUUAAAAUUAACCAGUACUCUUAAGUAUUUUACUGAAUUACUAUGUUAGAAGUGCAAAAAUUCAGAAAGCAAUGAUGUUUCUCUGUGUGCACUGGGUAUAAUAUAAACGCAUAAUUUGCAGUUGAACCUACAGAAGCUUUGUACGUUGUCUUUUCUGAAUCCAUGGAUGUUCUCCGCAGGGACUGCACACGAGUCACAAGCAGGGUGGGUUUCUGGUGAAGUACGUGGUUACAGUGAUAAUCGAUACCUAAUCAGCAAGCACAGAAUUUUCUACACUUUAUGACCACUACCAGUGUGCAACUUUUUACGUGUUUUUACAUACCAAAUACGUUCUUGGUAAGUAAAAGAUCAUUGUUAAAAUAAUGGAUGUGCCUGGGUUUUGAGGUUGCUUGAAGUUUUUUAACUCACUAGCUUCUCAAAUAUAUCAAAGACCCCUCCCAAAAGUUACAAAUAGCUUCAAACUUCUUUUCAAACUUCAGCCAGCUGUCUAAAAUGAAAAAGUUAUCAGCGUAGUUUCACGAAUAAGCUGCUUUGGUGCAAAAACUUCAGGAUGUCUCUUGGAUACAUGCCUUGUUGAUCUUGCAUUUCAACGUAAAGCUGAGUGAAGCUAUUAAUUAUGCAUUUAAAUCAAGUACUUAUGCUGCUAUACACAAUCUUUUGUAUGUUCAUGAGAUCUCAUACAUUUUUAAUCAUGUGACAGAUGUUGGGAUUAUGUGAGUGGCUUUUGAUCAUGGAGAAGUGGCAUGGUGGAAACAUCUAUUCGUCACCUGCUCCUGUAUUUGUUUCUAAUGUUAAUGGAAAAUUUCCUCUUGCCUUCUUCUCCAGAAGAGCUUCAGAGCAAUAAUUAUCAUCUUGUCUAUACACUAUUCUAACCUUAAAACUGCCUCUAUUAUUAUAGCAGGCAUGAUGAAUUAAAACAGAUCUUUUUCACAGUGAAGAUUCACUCUACUUUCUCCAGAGAAAAGGACACAGUAAGGACAACCUUGACAGCGAAAUUAUGGCUUCCAACUUGCAUGACAUCAUAAAAUUCUCUUUAGAAGAUAAUUAACUGAACACACAUCAGACAGUGCAGAGCAAGCCCCUUCCUCCAUCGUCGUCUUAGCUUCCAGCACCUCAACGGCUAUACCGUAAAUAGUAACCAAGGUCACCCAAAGCCCGCGGUGCUCCACCCGAGCCUCCUAGGGAACCUGUGGAAGAACACGGCACUUGGGGGCCAAGGUGUUGGUUCCUCAGUCACUGUAAGCUAACCUAAGCAUGGGGCUGCCCCCCAAAACGGCGAUCAUGCUCUUCCUCCUCCCCGUCCCCACCUCCCAUCCUCGAUUACAUGCAACUUUGAGAUCUGCUUGCCUUCUGAACACGCGCCUAUCGACCUGCUGGUCCCUGCUGGUGGAGGCAGAUCACACCGAGAACUUCGCUCUCUGUGUGUGUGUGGCCGGAUUUGCUCUCACCUGGCUAUCUUCUGCAGUUCGGGCAGUUUCAGAAACCAGCGACGGGCAGAAAGGAAGGCAGCAGGGACACGUGGCCACGGAGCUGCGCUCACCAGUUUGAUCAGCAGUUGCCAACAGCAGCUGGGGGGGGCACGGGAAGUAAAGCGAUGUUUAACAUGUUCCUUUCCACUGGGGAAAUAACGGGCCUUUUGUUCCCUGCAGACCUAUUUGGCAGUUUUAUGUCAUUUGUUAUCUUUUUAGAGCAAUGCUGUUGAAGAACAGCAGGAGAAAAUGGCCUCAAGACAGCCAUACACUUCUCCGGAUGUGCUGACCUGCAGUAUUUCAGGGUAGCUGAUGUUCCUGGGACUCCAGGAGAGAGAUACAGGUUACCUGAGAGCAGCUGAGCAGCAAGAAGCACCUAGUUAAUGCAGUAUAUUCUCCACACACAAAUACUGAUAAGCAUUUUCAGCCUUGUAAUUUGACCCCUUAGAAUUCUGUACAGAUCCCCCGGAAAUUUAAAAUUUUGCUAAUAAAAAAAGUGGGGAAGAGAUUAAUCACAUGUGGCAUAUAAUCUUAGUAAAUAACCUUCAACCUCGUGCUAGCAAUUUUGUGCUCGCAGUUAUUGUGAGCAAAAAUAAAAAUACUCUGCCUAAUUGCCUUCAAAAUGUAUUUGCAUCUACUGUUCGCUGCAAACAGAAAAACAUCCCCAGUUUGCUCAGAAUCAGAGAUUAAGCCUGGCCACUUUAAAAACAGUAUGGGGAAAAAACCAUUGUUAUCUGUCAUUUGGCUAACAGUUUAGAAAUGCUGUGUAAGAGUACAUAUUUCAUACCCAACUAAACUUCUGCAGUGUUACUUCCACUUGGUUGCCCAAUAAUAAAAUAAUUCAGUCCCCUGAAGAGUAAAUAGCUCACUCAAGUGUGGUAUGCAGUAUUCCAGCUAAAUCCACUUUUCAUUUCCUCACCUACAUCGUAAUAUCCUAUUGGAUUGAGAGGGGAUAUUUUCACCCAACCUACGAGCCAAGACUCAUCCCGGACGUGGUCUUGGAAUGAAGUGCACAAAUAGACCGAUGCUUUCACAGGGCUACGAUCUGCCCUCCAGCCCCGCCUCAUGAAUACGUACUCAGUUAGUUAUUAGAAGGUCACGAAGAGGAAAGGCCAACAGUUUGGACCACUGCUUUCAUAAAUGGGUUAAAACUGGAAAUAGGUCAGCAAAUCUGAGAUCCAGCGAGAAGCGCAUAAACUUGCCCUAGUGCCCCGACACGCUGGGACGUAAAUGAUAAAAGGAGCAUCUUUCUGAGUUCGAAUUAGGCAACUCUUCUGCUCUGUGCUGGCAACCUUGAAAACAGGACUGAGGACAAGCCACUGCAGUGGAAUUCCUGAAAUUAAGUGGCAUAAACAGCUGGGGGCUGCUUCUGCAAUAUCUCCACCACAGCUGAUGCACCCUGUAUGGGAACAGGACGAUUCACUUGGGGCAUCAUCUCACCACCCUGCAAAGCAUCGUGAUGGACACGUGGACAGCAGGCGAGUCGUGGCGGAAAAGCACACAGGCCUAUGGGACUGGUGCCGGACAGAGCUGUUUCACCAUCGCCCCAACACGCUGGGCGUAGCUGUUUGUUACACUGUGAUCCCGUUCCACGACCCACCACCGAAAUCAACGCCAUAAAUUUCUGCUGCAACUGGAAUUUGCCUUCUCACGCUCACCGUGAUUACAGCACGAGUGCUGCAGCCCCAGCACCCACAGCUACGGGAACCCCCAGGCUGAAGGGCAAGGUGAACGUGCUACCAUCGAACUUCUUUCUUCAGGAAAACCCAGAGUGCCUGAGCUGGACACAUCAAAUGCUGUUACACAUAGCCCUUGUUAAAAUACCGGCACUGUAUCCCUGCAAAAAAAGGUACCACCACUACCGAGCCCCCUAGAUAACGUUUCUUUGCAGCGUCAGACAGAAGUGAAUGUUUUGUGUUUCCCCUGAACCAUCAACCUGUUAAUCUCUUCCUUUUCUGCUCUUUCAGCUAUUGCAAUUUUUUACAUUUGAGAACUCGUAUCCACCCACUCUCUCGUACGUUUGCUCUGUGUAGUCAGUCUUUCUGGGGUCUCAUCCUGCCCCACAGCCUUCUGCCGUUCAAGGGCAACUCCUUUACAGCCUUGGUCAUCACAAGGUCUCAAGAGAUUACACUAAAGGAGUUUUGAUUUGUAUUUAACUUUGCAGUUACCUGUUUUCUCCGCCAACCCCUCUCCCUUCACCUAAUUCUCACCCUGUUUUUCUUUCAGCCGUUUCCAUUUUGAGACCUCAAUUGCUGUUGACUGUCAGUAAGAGUCAGAUCAAGGAUGCGAAUCCGGCAGGCAGCGGCUCGGUGCUACCCUGCCGCUAAUGCACAGAUCGUACGCUUCCACUUAGCCAAGCCCUAAAUGUCUUCCCACGUCUCCCUGCUCCAGUUCUCUAUCCGCCCUCAUCCGUGAGCACAUUCUGACCCUCUGUUAUGUUUUCUACCGGUAUGAAAGCAACAAAAGACUUAAUUUUUCUUCCUAGUAAGCUACAGGAGAUUUACCAUAAAAUUUGUACUAUUGUAUAUUUAUGUCAAGUAGACCAAAGGAAUGCUGAAUCAUAAUAAAAGACUCGUAACAGAUUUUGAAAUACAUGAAAAUAAAUACUUUGGAAAAGCUGGAACUGAUCAUUAAGUACAAUUUUCAAAAACAACUACAUGACUUAAGAGCUUACAUCUCAUUAUCUGCAGUGGUAUGUUAGAUGGAAAAUCAGGUAAAUUAGAUUUUUCUUGAGUGCAUCUGGAAGUAUUAACUUUCCUUAAACUCUGGGCAGCUAUGAAACAUCUGUGGAAUUUCAUCAUAGGGAUUUUUUUCAAAAAUCACUUGAAACCAUGAUUUUGAUCUCAGUUAUGGGGGUGGGGGGCAUGGGAUUUAAAUCCUGUCAUCCUCAGUGGAGUAACUGAUUUGCAGUGAUCUAAAUAAGGUCUGCCUCUUUAAAAACUGCAGUUCCAGGUUUCUGCUCACAACUGGAGUGAAAGUUCUUGGCAGAAUCUGUAAACAGUAGCUUUUCCUACUGCAGCCUAUUCUGCUGGACUUGAUUCCAAUCAAGAAUUAAUGUAUCAGAAAAGCUCAGGGUAGGGAAUGCAGGAGAAAGAUCACUGGAGUAGUGGCUACUUGGAGCUUUGAACAAGAUUUCAUGUGAACAACCCCAGACUGCAGUGUCUAAGGACUACGUGCAACCUAAUAAUGUAGGUCAUUUGCAAACCCAUUGCUCUAAAACAUGAACAAGAGAAGGUGUUCAUAACUAAUUUUUUUUAGUUUCAGGUAUGAAAUUACCCUUUUAUCCUUCAUAUUCCAUUUGAAGAGUUCUCUAUAUUAAUAAUAAUUUUUAAAAAAGGAUUCUACAUACUAUACUCAGUUACAUGUUUGUCUUUCACUGCAAAUGAAAGCACACCCAGAGAAUAGAGAAGAUACAGCCAGCUGCUGCAGCCUGGAAUGAAUGCUCUCAGCGAGACUAGGAAGAAAAAACCCCGCUCCAUGCGUUUGAGGUUUAAAUGUCGACACAUCAUUCACACGGUUACAUAUUGAGGCUGCCUGCCAUGCACCUCUAGAAGUCACGGUUCAUAACCAGUAGCACCCUUUUGCUAAAAAAUAAACACAUUGUCACCUAUUUCUGUCAAAAGGUACAGGAGCUUUUGUUGGGUUGGCUCUUAGAGACCCGUGCCGUGCCCAGAUGCCAAAUACUCUGGUAACCGCUAAAAAUCACAGUGGCUUAAAAUGAAGCAGUUGUGCCAAGCGGUGCCUUAACUCUGAGCAUUCCCAGGGGAGGAAACAGCCCUUGCUCCUAGCAGAGCAACAUCAACAUCCUCAGCCUUCGCCUUUGUUGUCGUAUCACCAAAACAGAAGAAUUACCCAAUUUCCUCUGAAUUAGAUCAGGAGCGGACUAAUAGAGCCAGACAGUCCCCAGUGAACGGGGCUGGAUGCAGCCACGCUGCUAACAGCAACGGCCGCACGGCAUCUCGCUCCGCAUACGACACGACAGCGAGUGGCGGGGUGGCUCUGGUCACCUGUGUCCUUGGUGUGGCAUCCCCUUGGCCUUCAACAAACCUGGAUGUACCUGCUGCAUCCACACGCCGGCACAGUCCUUAGCUGACAUUUUCCAGAGGACAGGCGCUCCAUCCCCACGCUGGGGAGCUCCAGUUCACUUCAGGAGUCAACUGCUGGAUAUUUUGUUCUCUCCUUGCCGCUCCGCAGAGCUCUCCAGUGCCUCAUUUGCAGCAAAACCUCCCUCAGGGGGCUGGUGCUCUUCAGUGUACACUAUUAAAACACUCUACAAACACGCAACUGAAUUCAGCUUCAAUUGCAGGAAAAGGAGAACUAUGUAAGUAGAUUAAGGCCAAGACGUUUGGGUGCCUAAUUUCAUUUCUCUGGGCCCUGAGUUUCCCAUAGUAUUUUACGUUCAAACACAGCUGCCGUGACACCUCUAUGUAACUGAUGAGGUGGAUAUAAUUCAUAUUGCUCAUAAAUAAAGGCCAAGUUGACCCGUGUGAAAAAGUUGUGAUGCAAUGCUGUAACGGGAUGAUCGCACACAGGACGCGUGCCUGAGCAAACGGGAGGGGUGACGCUCGCACAGCCUGCCACUAGCGCUUUCUUCCAGUGCAACUUUGAUAAUUUAAUACUUUGCCUUUUUUCUUUGAUUUCUGUGUACUACGUGGUUUCUAUAUAAUACACACACAACGGCUUAUAAAGAGUUGCAAAGCGGACUUCCCGUCUGUCUCAGUCCUGACAGGAACCACAGCAGAACUGAGACACCCACGCGCGGAUGAAGGCUGAUGCAGUACCCGCUAACACCAGCCAAGCACUGAAGAGAGAUGGGGUCAGGAGGUUUCACAGACAAAAAUGACAGAAAACCAGCAACACACAGCAAUGGGGGUUUCUAGACUUCACAAGUAUGCUUUAGGGACCACUUUUAUGUACUCUCCCACCCUGGCCACAGUCCACUCCUGCCCUUUCUGAGCCUCUCCUUCUCUCCUAACACUCCAAGUCACAGCCCACCACACCCAGCAGCCAGGUCCAGUCUCCUGACCCAGCCUGUCGCUUUCCGCCCAAGUCUUCCCAGACCACCAUUCUCAUUUUCCACUUCUCCAUCCUCCCUCCUGUAAGCUAGACGCUUUCUAGGAUGAUCCAUAGCAACAGAAGUAUUUCUCUUGCUUAAAUGAGGGUGGGAGGGGAAUACUGCCCACCUUACCCUGGUGAUGAGCUAGCCAGAAGGAUGCAGCUCCUGCACCACAAGCGAUAAGCCUGCAAGUCUGGGAGUAAGCUGAAGAUUAAGUUCACAAAAUGUGGACACAACAUUUAACAGGCCAUAAACGGACUAACAAGAUGCUCCUGAUCUCUAGGAAGAAAACGUCUCGAGAAAUCUGCCUCAAUUGCUAGAAGGAUACUCUAGCUAUUCCCAGUAGGUUUGCUAAGGGGAGCACUUCUGUUCAAGAAGCUGGUCCUAAACCAAAACAGCAUCUACAGCAACACCUUGGUACAUCAUCGGCAUUUGUGACACACAGAUGUAAUUGAUUUUGAUAACCACAUUCAUUCACAUGCAUCAUUGACAACCACAAUAGUAACGAUUGAUAACACACAUGUAACACGUUGGGUUGUAACUACUUUAUGAAGCCCUUUAGGAUUUAUGAGGAUAUCUCUGCGUGUGUAGGCAAGGAUCCGUUCUGGUGGAAAUAAGCAGAAACUAAAAAAAUGUACGGAAGUGGCAACACGGAUAUCCUCCUCCAUGUAGUCACUGGCAGGAAAAACACAAAGCAAGUGGGGGCACACCUCCACCUCCCCUCUGCCUUACCUGUUUCUAUCUCCCCAGAAUGGACUAUGUACACACCGAUGAUCAGCACUGAUUUUAUUGCUUCUCUCUUGCUGAAACAGAAACGUGGUUGUUUUGACAUGGCUUUGUAGAAAAAGGCAUUAAUAAAUUUAUUACUGA